AUGCCCAGUACCAACACCCUCUUCGACUUCCGCGACGCCUCCUUCUCCGGCGACCCAAAAUGGGGCCUCGCAUCCCCUCGCUUCGCCCUCCACGCGCCCAAAGUCGUGCUGGUCCUCGCACUCCUCAGCAUCAUCGAAGUGGUCAUCGGCAUAGUCUGGAUCGUCAACAUACAAAGCCUGGCAAAUGGCUGGGGAAGUCUAACCUUUCCACAAGUCAUUCAACCACUUGUCGUGCCAGCACUCAGCUUCUUCAAUACCAUACCCAGCCUACAUUUGCAUAUUCUGGCGCGGUCGAAUCAGCCGCUGAUGGCACUGAUCUUCAGCACCCUGCUGGCACUGACUUUUCUGGGGAGUGCGAUUGUGUUUUUGCCGCCUUGUGUCGGAGCAGAUCGUCCGGUACCUGCGGAAGCGCUUGAGAAUCCAAGUGUGACGAUCAGUGGGUAUCAGAGGACGGAGUGUCCGAGUAAUGACCGGAGAGGGCUGUGGGGAAUAAUGGUUGCGUUGCAGUUCGUCAGCUUUGCAGGAUAUGCGGUUCAUGCUGCUAUGGCCUGGGCAGUCUGGAGAGGGCUGAAGAAGAGGGACAGAGAUAUCAGGAGUGGAAACCUGGUAGAGAUGGUGGAUGAGGUGGAAAAGGCGAGAAGGGAAGAAGAUGCUAGGCAGCGGUGGAGGGAGAUGGGGAACUUGUAA